GUGCUGAAGGGUUUUGUUUGUUUUUAUUUCUGCCUCUCGGUUUGGGGUAUUUCGGGCCUCAAUUAAUCGUGAGUCUCACGUCCAAAUCAGUUCCUGUUUUUGCCGGGCGAUUUUUGAGGGCUCUCCGGCUCGCCAUGUGUCACAGCCUUGUUUAUUGCCGAAUCUUGGCGUUGCUGACGUUUGUAACAAAACACUUCUUCAGUACCGCUAACCGUACCUCAUCAGUCAGCUUUGGAUUCUUAUAGCUGAGACCGUAGCAUCUGCGGAGAAGAAACUCGGCCAACUUUUCUCAAUGACUCUAUAGCCAACUGAUGUAACAAUGGUACUAAUAUUGGGACGCAGACUGAAUAGAGAGGAUAGUGGGAUACGAGAUUCCCCUGCAACCAAGCGGAAAGUUUUUGAAAUGGACCCAAAGUCGUUGUCAGGCCCUGAGUUUUUUGACUUCUCCUCGGGAUCGUCGCACGCUGAAAGCAUUCUGCAGAUCUUCAAUGAGUUCCGAGACAGCCGGCUGUUCACGGAUGUCAUCAUCUGUGUGGAGGGCCGGGAGUUUCCCUGCCACCGCGCGGUGCUCUCAGCCUGCAGCAGCUACUUCAGAGCCAUGUUUUGCAACGACCACCGGGAAAGCAGGGAGAUGCUGGUGGAGAUCAACGGCAUUCUAGCUGAAGCUAUGGACUGCUUCUUGCAGUAUGUGUACACUGGCAAGGUGAAAAUCACUACGGAGAACGUGCAGUAUCUCUUUGAAACAUCGAGCCUCUUUCAGAUCAGCGUUCUGCGCGAUGCCUGUGCCAAGUUCCUGGAAGAACAGCUGGACCCUUGCAAUUGCCUGGGCAUCCAGCGCUUCGCAGACACGCACUCGCUCAAGACGCUGUUCACCAAGUGCCGGAAUUUUGCACUGCAGACGUUUGAGGAUGUGUCCCAGCACGAAGAGUUCCUCGAGCUGGGCAAAGAUGAGCUUAUAGAUUACAUCUGCAGCGAUGAACUGGUGAUCACCAAGGAAGAGAUGGUGUUCGAGGCCGUCAUGCGCUGGGUGUACCGGGCGGUCGAGCUGCGAAGGCCGGUGUUACACGAGCUGCUGACGCACGUCAGGCUCCCGCUGUUACACCCCAACUACUUCGUUCAGACCGUGGAAGUGGACCAGCUGAUACAGAAUUCCCCAGAGUGCUACCAGCUGCUGCACGAGGCCAGGAGGUACCAUAUCCUUGGCAAUGAGAUGAUGUCUCCCAGGACUCGGCCACGCAGGUCAACUGGUUAUUCUGAGGUGAUAGUUGUUGUUGGAGGCUGUGAAAGAGUUGGAGGGUUUAACUUGCCGUACACCGAGUGCUACGAUCCUGUAACAGGAGAAUGGAAAUCACUGGCCAAACUUCCAGAGUUUACCAAAUCUGAGUAUGCAGUGUGCGCCCUGCGGAAUGAUAUCCUUGUUUCAGGUGGAAGAAUCAAUAGUCGGGAUGUCUGGAUUUAUAACUCUCAGCUUAACAUUUGGAUCAGAGUUGCCUCCUUAAAUAAAGGCAGAUGGCGUCAUAAAAUGGCUGUUCUUCUUGGUAAAGUCUACGUCGUUGGAGGGUACGAUGGGCAGAACCGCCUCAGCAGCGUGGAGUGCUACGAUUCGUUUUCCAAUCGAUGGACAGAGGUGGCUCCCCUCAAGGAAGCUGUGAGCUCUCCUGCAGUCACCAGCUGUGUCGGCAAACUGUUUGUGAUCGGCGGCGGUCCUGACGACAACACGUGUUCUGACAAGGUUCAGUCUUAUGAUCCUGACACGAAUUCUUGGCUGCUCCGUGCAACUAUCCCUAUUGCAAAAAGAUGCAUUACGGCUGUGUCUUUAAACAAUCUGAUCUAUGUUGCUGGUGGGCUCACCAAGGCAAUAUACUGCUAUGAUCCAGUUGAGGACUACUGGAUGCACGUACAGAACACGUUCAGCAGACAGGAGAAUUGUGGCAUGUCUGUGUGUAAUGGAAAAAUCUAUAUCCUUGGUGGAAGACGGGAAAACGGUGAAGCCACAGACACUAUUCUUUGCUAUGAUCCUGCAACGGGCAUUAUCACAGGAGUAGCAGCCAUGCCCAGGCCAGUAUCGUAUCACGGCUGUGUGACCAUUCAUAGGUAUAAUGAAAAGGGCUUUAAACUGUAAUUUUUUCUUCUUGGGGAAGAAGAAAAGGAGAAGAUGAUGGCAUGAACGAAUCCAGUAGUCUGCUGCAAGACUGAUUGAUAAAUCCAAAAGUGGGAAAAUGCCCUUUCCCUACCUAAGUGUCAUAAAAAAUUGUAUCCUGUGCCUUUUUGGGGAGAGAGGAAAAAAAAAAAAAAAAGCAAGGAGGGUUAAUUUAAGUUAAACUGGUCUCUUGUCUACAGAUCUAUCUAGUAAUCAGACUGUGCUGUGCUAGUGAUCAGAUGGUUGUCCUAUGUGUGUUUAGUAAUUAAAUCUUGGAAGCUUUGUAGGGAAAGUGCCUUCACAAGCACUUGUGCCUGUGUCCUAAGUAGGGAUACCUACAAGGUGUUUCAGAUUCUGCUAAUUGGAAAAGUACAUAGGCAAGUAAAUCUCAAAGAAUUAUCCAGGAUAAUUACUUUCAGUCAAGAAAAGCAAACAAACAAAAAAAACCAGCUCGUAUGAUUACAAUUCAUAUGCAAUGCAUUCUCACAAGCAGAUUACAUGGCUUAACCAAAUAGAUUUUAUUUCAGAUCAUGCAUGGUUUGAGAGUUAAAGGAAAAGUGAAAACAUAAAAAAAAAAAAAAAAAAGAGACUGUUUAAGCUCCAUAGGACAAGUAUCAGAUAAAUGUUUUUCUCUGAAGAAGAACAGCAGCAUCUUGGUUGUUUAGUGAGCCACUGCAACAUGCUGCAGCAAGGACUGUGUACCUUAAUGCCAUGGACCUCAUUCGUAGUGUUGUUAAAUGCCUACCAGAAGUGCACGGCUACAUAACAUGGAAAACUUGUGACUAGUGGGGUGUAGGUUUUCUGUGUGAAACAAACGUGGAAUCCUGGUUUUUAAAUUCCCAAGUAGUAUAGAUGAAGCCUGAAAGUUGCUGGGUUCGCUCCCUGUUCGCUGCGAAGCGCCUCUAAGCUACUGAAGGGAUAAAGAAGAACGAACUCCGGGUUCUGCUGCUGUUCGUAACGGCGCCAUGAAUGACCUAGCAGCAGGUGGGCACUCAGUCUGUAUCCUACAGCAAACAGAUGGCUCUUCGAGAUCUGUCGUCUGAAGAGAUGAUUCAGUUACCCGCCAAGUAUUGGUCUUCAGACAAUCGCUUCAGCGCAGCUCAACCAGUGCAAAAGCUGCUUGGCCACAGAUGAGGAGUUCUGCAGGUCCUUCAUGUCACUAGAAAAAUGGCCGUGCAGCUGUCCGUGUAGCCAUGAGAGGGUAACUCCCGCAUCACAUGUCCUGGCUCGUUCUGUAGCCAGCAAAGCACGUGUAUUUCAACCCAGACUUCCUUAGCAAAGGUAUUUCUUUUAAGUCCUCUUUAUAUUUCUGCACUUGGUCUCUUUAUUCCCAUCGUGCAGCUGUACAGCUGAGGCACAAGUUCGCGAAAACUGAAAUAGCACUUGAGAGCUGGAAAAUGAGCAGGAUUUUCUAUCUUCUGAUUUCCUAUUAGUCACCAGAAAACUCGGGAACUCCCUUUCAAAGAAACUCUGACAGCAGCCAGCAGGGAGGUUGGUCAGUGCCAGGGCAGAGAAAAAGCAUACGGUUUGUGCAAGGUGAGCUGGCUUCAGCAUUCUGGUGUCCAUGCUUACUCAGGAGGGUAAAACAAGCACCAUCUCUGGAACGCCGCUUGCUCUGCUGGACUUUCUUCACCAUCUUUGUUUCUUUAUGAGAUGGAAAUUCUGACCCUCAGUGAAGCUGUGCCAAACUGGGAGUCAUCGUUUUCAGUGCCAUGCGGUCGUGACUUUUAAAGAGCACUGGGAGCUGCACUUUGUGAUGCAUUAACUUGCAACCUCAGGAAAGGACACAUUUCAGUUUGUGGCUGAAUACCAAACACUGCUUUGUAUAUGUAAAGAAUAUUGAUAAAAUACGAAAUUCUGCACAUCAAUGAUGUAAUUAGGAAAUGAGCCCCGUGUACAUUCACAUUGCCCUAAAUAGGAAGCCAUUUGGGAACCUAACACAGAACUUGGAUAUAAAUGGAAUUCUUUUCUAAGUUUCCUGUGUGUCUGCUCGCCGAGUGUUGUUCAAAAACGUUAUUUUAGUACCUGUGAAUAAGGUCCACUGAUAGCAAUGGUAAUUGCCCAGUAACUGAUACGAUAUACUAACACUGUAUAUAACUCGUGCCAUCAUUGUAAAUGACAAUGUAAAAAAUGAUAGGAGCACUUCAUUAGAGUUGCAGUUUGAAAAAUAUUCUUCCUUCCUCUGACUUCCUUCAUGUUUAUAUUAAGAUUUGUGAUGUUGAUUGUCAUGCUAAACUGUUUUUAAGCGUUCCUGAUUCAGUGUCAUUUAUGUAUAGGCAUCCUUUAGUCUGUUUACAAUACUGCACUACCCUGUAAAUAGUGAAAUACUGCUUUUUAUGGUUUUGAAAAUUCAGUUUAGAGUUGCAUUGUAUUUUAUUAACAAAUUAUAUACCGUUACCUAUUAUUUUUGAAAUUGCAAGUGUUGAAUGAACUUGUAAAUGCAGAAAUGUAGAUGUAGAAAAAAACUUCUAGUUGCAGUUCUUGGGAACCUGUAUGCAGAGCCAGGUAGGUGUGGAGCAUUGCUAGAAUGGUAGUUAUUCAUAUAGUUAUUUCCUUAGAACAAGCAGACACUUUCUUCUUGCUUUUUGAGUCUGAUUUGCACUUAAGAACUGCUCUCAUAGAACUGUAUUUGUAGAUGUGGUAGAAGAGAACGAUUGAACCAUGUUUGCAGAAGGAUACGUUAUUUAGGAGGCUGCCUUCCAGAGGCACCUGUUCUCUGAUGUGCUUCACCUGGGUGUAGAUGGAGUCCAAGCUUAAACCUGUCUGCACUCUGGCUGACUGCAGUUUGUUGUUGAGCCAGUUGAUUUUUUUGUUUGUUUGUUUUUCCUCCAUCAGCCAGGGGAGAAAGUUUUGAAUGUCUUCCACCAUAAUCAGAAGAUUUGCAUCAUAAAUGGUUGUAGGCUUAGCAUCUCCAAAGCAAAGCAGUGCUGUCAGCCCAACUCUGUGCAGGCACAGGGAUCACGUCUCCCCAAAGUGCAAAUAGGUGCAAAUAUUAAGAGCUGUCUAAUAUCUCCCUCUGUUAAACUAUUAAUUAUCCAUUAUGUAUUCCACUCUUAAAAAAGAAAUUAAAUAUUUUCCUUCUGUAUUUUGAUUUCCACUACGUCCUGCUCCAAAGUUCAUGAGAUACGUCCUUCCUUUCUUAGCAAUGUGAUGUAAACUCAGAAGAAAGUGAAUGUUUUGUCAUCCUGGCUUUGGGCAGGUUCUGUGUGGAAAACGUGGGUGCAGCUGGUGCCUUCCUGUUUGUAGCUGUAGCCCAUGUGCCCCGUUCCUCAGCUGCCAAGCAUAUACAGCGUGGCCUGGUAGUCAGUCAGUUUGGCUGUAGGCUCCCUUGUUGCUUGUGCCUAUAUAGGCAUCAUUUGUGGAUUCUCUCCUUUUUGUACCAUUAGACAGCUCAUUUCCCAGUGUGGGCCUGGUACCUUCCGUGAGUUAAGCUCUGUGCAUUCUUUAUAGCACCAUAAGUCCUGAGUUGUACUGAUUCAUUUUUUUAAUUGGCACCAGUGCAGCUCUCACGAAAGACUGCUUAUUUCCACUGUGAAGCACAGAUAUAUUUAAUGUGAAUGAUGCUGAUAUGGACCCCUUUGAUAAUUGACUCAAGCUUUUUAAACAGGAUUUGUAACCCUGCAGUGUCUGAGAGGCCGAUGGUACGGGAACAGGAGGUGCUCACUUGGACAGAGAAGUGGGGCAGGACCGUGCUGGCUGCUCCAGCUUCUCAAGUAGUUGAGAUAUCCUAUGGUAGCCCCUACAGUUGCAGUCCCCAGUUUCCUUCUGCAAGCACCUUCCAAGCUCUGCUAGGAGCUCUCCUUCAUGGGUAGAUGAAGCUGUGCGCUCAGCCCCACAAGAGAGACCAGAUUGAAGCUUAUGGGCUGAGGGACAGCAGAAGAAAGGGCAGGGCUGUGCCUUACACUGGCCUUGCUGAAUGCAGGCUGUUCUGCACGGCUGCGGUCUGCAAUUCCUGAAACUCGUUAAAAAUGUUUUGUGCUUGUUGACUUCCUUAACCUGGAAGGGUGCAUGCUUGAGUGAGGUCUGCUAGGGGCAGCUCUCAGGAAAGGCAAAGGUCUGUUCUGACCUUUUUAUGCCAGCAGUGAAGAUGGCAGAAGCCACUUUGAAAGCAGUUAGGGCUCAAUCACAGUGAGGUGACGUGAAUGUCUUUAUCUGAAUGUGGGCCCGCAGUCAAGAAAGAGCAAAUAAAGCCGUCGGUGAACACGUGCUGUGUACGUGCUGCUGGCUGUCCCCACGUGCACGGCCCCAAACAGCAACAGGUCUUUUUUCUGCUCAGGUGUCUGUGCGCGCCCACCUGUGUGUGAGCAGCCUGAGGGUUUGACCGUGACACUGUUACGAGUGAUGCGGUACUGUACUGUAAUUAUGGCUUCCUUCGUACUGAGUUCCAAAGAAAGUGUUAACUUCGAAAAUCUCCGUGCCUUGAAUUCAUGUCUGUUUGUCUGUCAUGGGGAAGAGUUCGGAUUGCCCCUCCUGGCCUCGGUCGGGGCCAGCUGCUGCUGUUCUUCGGAGAGAGAGAAACGCCGCCGCCGCCGGCAAGAAGCGCAGCACGGCCUGCGUUUGGAGCGCGGACAGAAGAUGCUUCCGCAGCACGGCGGCGCUGUGCCGGGCGGAACCGCGGGACGGCGGCGUUUGUUGCUCUGCCGUCCGCUUCAGCGCAGGGCAGCUCGGGUCAGCCCUCAGCGCGCGGGGCUGCCCCGGUUGUGCUGACAGCGGGAAGGCGGUCUGUAACGUAGCACCACUGCAAUAACAUUUACCGAUUGCAUUUAAGCGUAUUUCUUGCAUAAGUGGUUUUUUUUUUUUUUUUUUUAAGUUCGGUGUACCUAAUAAACAUCUGCCUUUGGAA